GUUAAAAUGUGAGGUACGGGCUGCGUCUCUCCUGAGGACAUCAAUUUCUUUUUGCAGUGCCUAAAACCUGCGUUAUCAUGGAAAAGACACACUUCAGCAUCCAGUGGUUGAUGUUUUUCUUCCUGUUUUAUGUGCAAGAGGGAUUAUCAGGGGAUUACUCGGCUCAUCUUGGACAAAACCUCCUAUUAAAGAGAGGAAAGCGUCAAAGCAAACCAGCCAAACCAGUGCUGAAGGUGACUGACUACCACGUGAAAUGUUCCGUGGUUUCCCGCUAUGCUGUCACCACGGUCCACAGUUCCAUAUGGAACCAGCUGGCCAUCACCAAAGAGGCUGCCUUCGAGGUCGACCUGCCCUCCUCUGCUUUCAUCUCCAACUUCUCCAUCACCUCCAACAGCAAGGUAUACGCAGCCCAGGUGAAGGAACGAGCCGCAGCCAGGAAAAUAUACGACGCUGCUAAGAAGCAAGGAAAAACAGCAGGACUUCUCGCCACCAAAGAAAGGGAGAUUGAGAAGUUUCGUGUAGCAGUGAGCGUACCGCCAGGAGCUCGAAUGUCCUUCUGCCUGACUUACGAGGAUCUGCUACCUCGUCGACUUGGCCGCUACGAGCUGAGCGUGGGUCUGAGGCCCGGCCAGCCUGUGCAGAACCUUACGUUAGAUGUCAGUAUAGCAGAGAGAACAGGCAUCAGUUUCAUCAAGGUCCUCCCUCUCAGAACCAGCCGACUACUGUCGAAUGACGCUCAAGGUGAUGCAAACCCUCCUGCAUCUACUCAGGUUGAACAAAGUGUCAACUGCGCUCAUGUUCGUUACAGUCCCACUCUUCAACAGCAGAACAUCAUUUCCCCCAAGGGUCUCAAUGCAGACUUUGUUAUUCAGUAUGAUGUGAACCUCACAGACCUCAUGGGUGAUAUCCAGGUGUUUGAUGGCUACUUUGUGCAUUACUUUGCACCCAGAGGACUUCCUGUGGUUCCCAAGGAUGUUAUAUUUGUCAUUGAUGUCAGUGGCUCCAUGAUAGGCACCAAAAUCAAACAGACAAAGCAGGCAAUGAGCACCAUCCUCGCAGACCUGAGAGAAGGAGACCACUUUAAUAUCAUCACUUUCUCUGAUAAUGUUCACACAUGGAGGAAAGGGCGUACGGUGCGGGCCACUCGGCAGAAUGUACGAGACGCCAAAGAGUUUGUAAAGAGGAUUAUUGCUGAAGGAUGGACUAAUAUCAAUGCAGCUCUUCUCUCAGCUGCCCAGCUCGUCAACACUCCGUCCUCUGGCUCCCGUCGUGUCCCUCUUGUGAUUUUCCUCACUGACGGUGAAGCUACCAUGGGAGUAACCACAGGUGACACCAUCCUAAGUAACGCCAAAAGGGCGCUGGGUUCAGCGUCUCUCUUUGGCCUGGCUUUUGGGGACGACGCAGAUUUCCUGCUCCUGAAACGUCUGGCGCUGGAUAACAGAGGCAUCGCUCGGAUGGUUUACGAGGAUGCCGAUGCCGCCUUGCAGCUGAAGGGCUUUUACGAUGAAGUAGCCAGCCCGUUGCUCUCAGACAUCCAGCUGAAUUAUCUGGAUGAUCAGGCGUUUGAUGUCACCCGCUCACUGUUCCCAAACUACUUCCAAGGCUCUGAGUUGGUGGUGGCUGGAAGGUUCAAACCGGGCCUGAAGGAUUUGAAGGUGUCCUUAUCGGCCUCUGAUAACAAGCAGCGUGUCAAGCUGGAGAAUGAUGUCUUGAUCUCUCCUGCAGGCGAGAACAACACUUCACGCUCACUGGGGUGCUUAGGGGGUUCUGAAGGCAUCUCCAGCUUUGUGCAUCGCCUCUGGGCCUAUUUCACCAUCAAGGAGUUGCUUCUAGCCAAACUCAACACCACUGAUGCUGUCACCCAGAAGCUGCUGGCUGACAAGGCCACCAAUCUGUCCCUCAAAUAUAACUUUGUUACACCUGUCACAUCUUUAGUUGUAGUCAAACCAGAUGCAGAUGAAAUAACUCCAACCACUGCAAAGCCUACAGUCUCAGCCACAAUGCUGACAAGCACCCCUACAACCAAAUCAGGUGCUGUUGCUUCAAAGAAGCCCAAUUCUUUCUCCAACAAAAUAAAGCCAAACCCACCUCAGCCACCUCCCAGAGAAACUAAAAAAACAUCAGCACCACUUUCCAUUGCAAAAACUCUGAAAACAACGACAACCUCAAGCCCAGCGUCCACUAAAACCCCCCCAGCACCAUUCUCUGGCAAAAAACCUUUACAAAAUGAUUCUAAAAUUGCCCCACCGCCACAUGGUGGAAAAAUGUCUACCUCUGUGCUCCAUUUUCUUAAAACAGCCCCGCCUCCUGCACCUGGAAAAGUCUCCACCCCUUUUCCCAGCACCAUGAAUACAACGCCGCCCCCCACCAGCACCACAUGGCCCAGCUCUCCUCCUCCCCUAAGCCCCCAGCCUGCUCCAACGGUUACAGAGGCAGAGAGCAGCACCACAUCGCCCAUAGAUCAUGCAAACAUCACCACUAUGCUGCCACAGCUCUCGUCCACGCUCACUCCGUCCACUCAGCCAACUACAGCCGCCGCUCCAGAUUUAGAAGGAAACCGUAGAAACGCCGCCAUUGAGAGUGACGUGCACGUUGCCACUCUGGUACAAGCCACAUUUGCCCCCAUGCCAGGUAUAACGGAUGGGCCAAGGCUGUGGGAGGCGGAAGGACUCCUGGAUGUCUCUACCUCUAUUCAAAUCCAGAGAAAAGAUAUCGAUAUUGUAAAAGACUAUGACCCAAGCUAUGAUUAUGACUAUGAUCUCAACUAUGAUGCCUGGGGCAAUGCAGCAGACACAGAAUCCUUUGUGCUUGGGAGUGAGGAAGACUGUCCUUUAGUUGAAUGUCUUGUGCUUUUAGAACCUCCAUCCAGACUGAGCGCUGAGCACUUUUCCUCAUCAGUUGAUGGAGAUCCUCAUUUUGUGGUUCAGUUGCCAAAGCAACAGCAGAACUUGUGUUUCACUGUAGAUGGAAGAGCUGAUGAUGUGCUCAGGCUGGUAGAAGACCCACAGAUAGGUCUCAUCGUGGAUGGCCACCUAACAGGAGCUCCCUCCAAGCGUGGUGUUGAAACCCGCUCCAGAACAUACUUUGACCAGCUGACCAUCUCCGCCGCCACAGGACGCUCAGGCGACAUCAUGAUCAGUGUCUCACUAGACAAGGUGGUGGUGGAAGGAGAAGGGCGGGAUACCCUUAGCAUCAAUCAAACAGGAAAGAUAACGAGGCAGGGUGUGACGGUUGCCAUGGACAACCACCGGGGCUGCCGGAUCGAACUGGCCACGGGUGUUCAGUUCCUGGUUCUCUUCCACCGCUACAAACACCCCAGCUACCUGCAGAUGGCUCACCUGGGCUUCUACAUCACGCAUGGACAAGGGCUGUCUGCCUCCACUCAAGGCCUUCUGGGCCAGUUUCAGCAUGCUGACAUGAGUGUAGCAGCAGUGAGAGAGCACCAGGAUGCAGGCCAUCAUCAGGACAACCAUGAGGGAACUUUAGCGCGGGGGAUUCUGAAGUGGGAGUCAGAACAGAUGCCAGUCACCUUGCAGGAUAAGAUGCUGAAAGACACAGUACUGACGCGACAUGCUGCCCAGUGUUGGGUGGUGCCCAAGUCGGAGCUCGAGAGACUACUGGGUCAUCCAUACGAGAGCUAUGUGGUGGAUCAUGUGUCAUUCUAGCCCAGUCGGCUCCACCCUGUCGCCUCUUUGUUGCACAGCUCAGGUCCACGUGUGUAUCAGGAAAGUGUUGCUAAACAGAGGAUGAGCACGAGCGCCACUGGAUGACUGUUGUCAUAUUUCUUAUCGACAUUGUUAGGUUUUCUGUGUGGAGCAGAUUAAAGAAUGCAGUAAAAGCUGCAUCUACAGCUACAGAUGAAGAACAAGGACAUGCACAAAUAAUAUGGUGUCGGGGCCUUCGCCUUUAUUGAACUGCAUUUAAGCCGCUUGUUCUCUUGUUCACAUGGCAACC